AUGGCUCCGGCCCCUCAAACUGCUCCCACUCCAAAGUCAUCUCGACCACCACCUUUUGGUUCUUCGCCACCACGAGGUCCGCCACGUUCCCCACCUCCUCCGUCUUCCUCCUCACCACCACCACGUUCCCCUCCGCCUCCCUCCUCCUCCUCACCACCACCACCACGCCACCAAUCUCCACCACCUCCCACCAGCAAGUUGCAUAAAUCUCAUAGCCACAAAACGCCUCAUAGAUCCACUGGUGGCUCAUCUACUAAUACAACUACUGAAGCGAUUAUUAUUGGCUUGGUUUUGGCUGGUUUUGUGUUUCUUGCUUUUGUCACCAUUUGUGUUACGUGCGGUAGGAGGAAGAGGAAGAAGCAGAAAGCGGAGGCUUACUAUAUGAAAUCAGCCCCAGGUGGAGACUACUACAAAAAUCAAUGGGCAGGUCCACCUCACGAGCAUUUGAUCAAAUUCAAAACACCAGGGAUGAUGGGUACUCCGGUGGGUGCCGGUGGCAGAUGGGCAACCUCACCAUGGUCUAAAACGACCGGCAACCUUUCAGCCUCGGCAGUGCCGCCGCCGAACAUGCCUCUUGCAUUCAGCAAGAGCCAUUUCUCAUAUAAUGAGCUAUCAGCGGCCACUGAUGGGUUCUCACAGUCGAACCUGUUGGGACAGGGUGGGUUUGGGUACGUGCAUAAAGGGGUUUUGCCUGAUGGGCGGGAAGUAGCUGUGAAGAGCUUGAAAUCAGGCAGUAAUCAAGGAGAACGAGAGUUUCAAGCAGAAGUUGAGAUCAUUAGUAGAGUACACCAUCGCCAUUUGGUGUCACUUGUUGGAUACUGUAUUGCCGAUGCACAGAGAAUGCUUGUCUACGAGUAUGUUCCUAAUAAGGCCUUAGACUUCCAUCUUCAUGGAAAGGGUUUUCCUGUCAUGAACUGGGAAACUAGGGUCCGUAUCGCGCUAGGAUCAGCCAAAGGACUAGCAUACCUACACGAAGAUUGCCAUCCUCGGAUCAUCCAUCGUGAUAUCAAAUCUUCCAACAUUCUCCUUGACCACAACUUUGAAGCAAAAGUGGCUGAUUUCGGAUUGGCUAAACUAUCAUCUGGGGAAGACACUCAUAUCUCAACUCGCGUUAUGGGAACUUUCGGGUACUUAGCUCCAGAGUAUGCUUCGAGUGGAAAGCUAACAGAGAAGUCUGAUGUAUUCUCAUUCGGGGUGAUGUUGCUGGAACUCUUGACCGGGAGGAAACCAAUCGAUCCUACCAGUAACCAAAUGGAAGAUAGCUUGGUGGAAUGGGCAGGGCCAUUACUUGCCAAGGCGUUGGAAGAUCAAAACUACAACGAGCUUGUUGAUCCACGGUUAGAAGGCAACUAUGAACCAAACGAGGUGGCUCGUAUGGCUUGUUGUGCUGCAGCAAGCAUUCGUCAUUCUAGUAAACAGCGCCCCAAGAUGAGCCAGAUCGUACGAGCAUUGGAAGGCAGUGGAUCGCUAGAUGAUAUCUUGAAACCACAACGAUCAGGUUCCAUGUCAAACUUGAACCAAAGCCAAGACACGCCAACUUCCAUCAUUUACGACACCAAGGCUUAUAACGACGACAUGAGGAAGUUCAAGGAGAUGGUAAACUCGAGCCAAGAGUUCACAAGCAACUAG